AUGGACAGCGGAGCCACUGAAUGGAAGAUACUACUGGAGUUGGAGAAGAAGGUGGAGUUGGAGAAGAAGCUGCUGCAUCCAACUGAACAACCAAUAUUUUUGCCUCUAGACUUUUUAAAAUCCAUCACACGUGGUUUUCACGAAGAGGAAGAACUUGGGAGGGGUGGGUACGGAGUGGUUUACAAGGGACGUCUCCUAUGCGGUUUAAUUGUUGCUGUGAAAAAGUUUCCUGAUAUGGUGGACGAUGGCCAAUUCGGAAAAGAGGCCACUGUUCUUAUAGGGAUCAAACACCAAAAUGUAGUGCGAAUUCUAGGUCACUGUGCAGAAUCAAGGGGGGAGGCCAUGGAGAUAGAGAAGGGGAAGGGGUAUGUUUAUGCUGAAAUACGUGCAAGAAUACUCUGCUUCGAAUAUAUGCCUAACAAAGGCCUUGAUGAGUAUCUUUCAGGUCGCAAGGACUAUCCGAACGAAACAGACUUCCAGAAUUUCACAGAGGAAGUGCUCGGUAAUUGGAGGAAAAGAUUUGAAAGAGCAUCAAAUUAUACAGAACUGGAACUACAUACCCAGCAAAUGAAACAAUGCAUCAAAAUAGCCUUGCAAUGUGUGCAGAUUGACAAGGAGAAAAGACCAAACACAUCAAAGAUAAUUGAAAUUAUUAAUGCAGAAGAAGGAAGUUGUUGUGUUCAGAAUGUCGAAGAUUUACUGGUAGACCACCAGAUGGCUAUUGACUUACUGUCAGAUAUACGACCUGGACAAUUUCACUGGACUAUAUGUGUGAGCAUAUCAAGGAUGUGGGAGUUUCGUGGAAAAUCAGAUGACGGAGACAUCAAGCAUUUAGAUCUGGUUAUAAUUGACAAAAAGGGCACAUCUAUGUAUGUUGAAAUACCACCAGAUUCAAUCCCUGUUCUAAAACCUCAGCUAAAGGAAGGGAAAGUUGUAGUGAUGAAGAAAUUUGUAGUUGAACAAGCAAAACCUGGAUAUAGGGUGGUCACAAACCCUUAUAUGUUAAGGCUGAAUAAGAGAACAAUGAUUACAGUGGAACCGGAGCCAUCUAUGUUCCCUAAGGUCACAUAUAUGUUAACUCCUCUCUCUGAACUAGAGCAAUACAAAGGAAGUACAGAGCGAUUUCUUGACGUCAUUGGACAGAUAACGCAAGUGUCAGAUGUUGUAAACUUUCGCACAGCUGGAACAAUGCAGAUGCGAAGGAAAAUCACUCUCAGAGAUAUCAACGGCAUAGCAAUCAAUUUAUUCCUAUACGGUGCUAGAGCAAUGGAAUUUGAUGGAGAUAAAGUUUACAACCUCGGACAAGAAACAGCUGUUGUAGCUAUCUUUGUUGGUACCCUCAUGAAAAAAGGAUUAGCAGGCCAACCAUCAUAUUUGAGUGGCACAUCUGCCUGUCGAUGGUAUAUUAAUGAUUUCCAAAUACCUGCGGUCCAAGAGUACUAUAGCAUGUUGCCAUCAGAAGUGGAUGCAGUAGACAAAGUAGAAAUAUCGGACACCAAGACUAUGCAGCAACAUGUUCAGCAAAAAAUGGUCCUUCAACUAAAGGAUAUGGACCCUUUUAAACAAAUGAAUACAAAAUUCCAAUGCACUGUCACUAUUACUAAGUUAUCUCUAAAUCAAGGCUGGUACUAUUCAGCAUGCAAGAUUUGUAACACAGGAUGUUACUACAGUAAUGGAAGAUACAAGUGUACCAAAAAAGAUUGCCCUUCAAAUGAAGCACAAGACAGGUACAAAUUGUGUUUUAUGGCAGCCGAUGAAACAUAUGAGCUUGAGUUUAUUGCCUUUGAUCAAAAAGCACAGCAACUUAUUGGGAAACCACUCCAGAGGCUGCAGAGUAUGUAUGGCAAAUUUGAUGCUCCAGCUGAAAUAUCAAAUUUGGUUGGUCAGACAUACACCUUCAUUAUAAAGAUGUCUGCUAAAAGAAGUAUCGACACUGAUGAGCCAUCUUAUGAAGUUGUCUCCAUUAAAGAGCAAUUGGAAAAGCAAGCAAACAUUCGGCGAAAAAAUCAGCAACAAGGGAUUAUCAUCACCGAUCCAUCAGAAGUACAAUACCAACAAACUAUCGACAAUAAAGUGACAGAAUAUCCUAAAAAUAAGACUGAUAACUGCGACGAUGAAGAUAAAAACUUGGGCGUUAAAAGAGGACUACAAAAUACAACGGACGUGCAGCGCAGGGAUGCGGUGGUGGCUUUAAAUAGAAGCAUAAUGAAGGAUUACGCACCAUCAAGGACCACUGGAGUGGACAUGGUGAAAUCAGCGGUUGCACCACCCCAAUCACUACACGAGCCACCAGUUUUGGCAUGUGCGGAAGAGGGCAAACAUUCUAGUGAGGUUCUCACAGUCAUUCCAAUUGUUGGUCUAGGAGGCAUUGGAAAGACAACUCUUGCACAGCAUAUAUAUCACAGUGGAGAAGUGCAAGAACGUUUUGAUGUCAGAGUUUGGACAUGUGUCUCACUAAACUUUAAUGUGAAUAAGCUGCUAGAAGAGAUUCAAAGAUAUAUCCCUAAAGUUGAUCGUGAAAGUAGUAAUGGUACUGCUGGUGAGUUGAUUGGGCAAAGAUUGAAAAAUAAGAGGAUUUUGCUUGUAUUAGAUGAUAUAUGGGAUUGCAGUGAUGAGGAUGAAUGGAAACGACUACUGGUGCCAUUCCGAAAAUCACAAGUACAGGGUAUAGAAAAGGAAGAAUUUAAGGAAUUAUUCUUGGAAAUUGUCUUUGGCCAUGAUGAUCAAUCUAGAAAGGACCAUGCAUUCUUACUUGAAACUGGGUUUAAGAUAGUUGACAAACUAAAGGGAUCUCCUCUUGCAGCAAAAACUGUUGGCAGAUUGUUGAAAACCCAACUUGACACGGUUCACUGGACAAGAAUCUUAGAUAGUAAGGAAUGGGAGCAUAGUGACGGCAAGAAUGACAUUAUGCCUGCACUGAAGUUGAGCUAUGAUUACCUACCUUCUCAGCUUCAGCAAUGUUUCUCCUAUUGGGCUUUGUUUCCUCAAGAUUACAAAUUCGAAAGAGAAGAAUUAAUUAACUUCUAG